AUGACGUCCAUGCUAUCCAGCGACCUCAUCUGCCAGCCUCUUCAGCAGAUCGUCGACGGCAUGGAGCCCUGGCUCAAGUCUCAGAAGGGCCUUUCUGCCACGGAGAGGUCCAACUACGAGGCGCAGGUUAGAACGCUGAAGCAUAUCCUGGUCAUAUACAAGGAAAGCCCAGACCCGCUCCCGGCAGACAAGAGGGAUGAGGUGCAGAGGCUGCUUACAGAGCUGCAAGACUACGGGCAGCCACCAGACGAGGUGAUGAAGCAGAUUGCUCCAGCCGACGCCGACGAGGGUGGCGAGAAUUUUGAGGACUUCAUGAAGACGAUGGGCCUCGAUCAGAACUUGGGGGCUUCAGAGAAGGAUCUCCUCAAAAAGCUUGCUGAGGAUCCUGACGAGCUCACAAAGGUCAUGAAAGAUAUGGCCGACGGGUUGGGGAACGACGAGGCGUGCAAGCAGCAGUAG